CUUAACUUAACGACGAACGGGUGAAUGCUCGAGGAACAGGCCUCGCAGUGUUUCUCGAACGUCGGGCGAUUGAAUCUAUGAACGGACGACGUCUCGAAGUGUUCAAGGUUCUCGGAUAAUUCGGAAGGAAAAUGAAGGGGACAAUUUUCGCACGCGAAACGACGAUACUCUUGGCGAUUUUGUUCGGUAUCGUUGGCAUCGAAUGCGGUCCGUAUGGUACUGCGCAGCCGGAAGCGCCAGCACCGACCGGAACAAUCCGUGGUUCUAUUCUGGAUUCAAGGCUCGGCCGGAAGAUUUAUUCCUUCCGUGGUAUCAGAUACGGCGAGCCGCCUACGGGAGAACGUCGUUUUCAGGCUGCCGCUCCAGCGGCCGACUGGAACGGUGUUUUCGACGCUUCUGGGGAAGGUCCUUCGUGUCCGAAUAUAGACGAGACACAACCGAUGUCCGAGGAUUGCUUGCGUCUAAACGUGUACACGACCCGAUUACCCUCAAGACAUGAGAACGUAUCAAGGCCAGUUUUGGUGUUCUUUCAUCCAGGUGGUUUCUACUCGCUCUCUGGUCAGAGUUUCUACUUUGGCCCCCAGUAUAUGCUGGACAAAGAUAUCGUUCUGGUCACCGUGAAUUAUCGUCUUGGAACAUUAGGAUUCAUAGCCACAGGCGAUUCCCAGGCACCAGGAAACUUGGGUCUGAAGGAUCAAGUUCUGGCGCUUAGAUGGGUCCAAAGGAACAUCGCUACGUUCGGAGGGGAUCGAAAUUCCGUGACGAUCAGCGGUUACAGCGUCGGUGGUCUCAGCGUGAUGCUGCACUUGGUGUCCCCGAUGUCCAAGGAUCUAUUUCACCGAGCGAUCGUGAUGAGUGGUUCGCUGUUGACCACCGAGCCCUAUCCAACCGAUCAGAAAAAUCUAGCGAUCAAACAGGCGACGCUGUUGAACUGUCCCACAAACAAUACCCGUGAAAUGUUGUCUUGCUUGAAAUCGAAGCCUGUCGAGAAUUUCACGAAAACCAUGUCCGACCUUUUUGAAUGGCACGGUGAUCCGAUAGUGGUAUGGUAUCCAACGGUAGAGCCGAAUAUUCCAGGCGUCGAACGAUUUUUGACUGCGCAACCCGUCGAUCUGAUCAGACGAGGCCAGUUCCACCAAGUUCCAGUCAUAUUCGGUGUAACCAAGGACGAGUUUGGCGGAGUAGUCGUCCUGUUUGAAAAUGGAACCAGAACGGGAAACGAUUACUAUCGCGAGAUGAGGGACAAUUGGGACAGGAUUGCACCGAUCAGCUUCAUGUACGAAGGUGGAACAGAACGUUCGAAGUAUGUCAGCCGGGAAUUACGCGAGUUUUACUUUAAAGGUCGACCGAUCGAUUCGGCUAACAGGAACGGUCUUGCUGAGAUCUAUGCGGACAGCGUUAUUAUAUUCCCCAUGUGGCGCGGUGCGAGUCUAAUUGCUGAGUAUUCUAGGAAACCGGUAUACUUCUACGAAUUUACUUAUCAGGGACGUUACAGCUUUACCAUGUGGAACGCCACGACCCCAUACGGUGUUGUACACCAUGACGAUCUGCAGUACCUAUUCUUCAUGAAACAAUUCUUCCCAUUCUUCGAUAGAACUGCACCCGAAGUUCAAAUGGUAGAACUGUACACGUCCAUGUGGACGAACUUCAUCGAGACUGGCGAACCAGUUCCCAAAAGCGGACCGUUUAAUAAUAUAAAAUGGGACAGGUUUGCACCUGCGAAAAAGAACUAUUUAGAGAUCAACGUCAACCCUACGAUGAGAACUGGUUUAUACUCGGACAGGAUGAAGGAAUGGGAAAGACUGUUCCCCUUGCCCUCGUUGUCGUGAAUUGCAAUUAUUUAUUAACAGUAACUUAAUCCUUAUCUCCCGGUGGAUAUGCAUACGUUAUCUAUUGGAAACUCCUAAACUUUGACGUAAUCGUACGACAGACAUCGGUUAUAUAUACACGAAUAAAAGUGCUCAUUUUCCUUAU